AUGAACAACUCGGUGCCGGACGCAUGGGAUGAUCAGUGGUCAUCGGUAGCAGAUACCACUCCUGGCUCAUCCGUCUCAGGCGCAAACAAGAAGGUGUCCUCAAAGGUCAGCAAAGCUCAGAAAAGAGCGCAACAGGCCGAGUUCAAUCGUCAACUCUGGGCAGAGGCGGAAGGUCCAAGAGAAACCAACUAUUUCCUCGAAUCUCGCAGCCCAGUCCCUCUACAAUCAGACUAUAAGCCACCGCCUGUCCUGCUAUCCCGAAAAGGACCGCCCAUCGUCAGCUCUGCCAGACCUGCCAACCACGGUCUCACUACCUACGACACCAAUGACAAGGCCGAGUCGUCCGAGGAUGAAGAGGAAGUAAAGGCCCGCGAACAGACUAUGGCUGAGCGUAAGGCGCAAGCGGCUAGAGAAAGAGUAGAGAAGCAGCGCAAGUACGACGAGCGAAGGCAAGAGCUUUUCGGUAAGGCGAGUGCCAGUGGUGCGAGUAACAAUGCAAGACCCAACAGUCAAUCUGGCACGUCCACGCCAAACAGUCUCACCCCACCUGGAUCUCGAUCUGCUACACCCAGCCGAGGUCGAGGUCGCGGGAGAGGAAGAGCCAACGCAAACUCACACGCCCAGCAAGGCCGUCUUCAGCAACGACAGCCAGCGCUCUUUGACCCUAGCUACACCGCCAAGCCCGACUCGAUCUUCGUACAGCGUCAACAGAGCUCACAGAGCCCCUUGCCGCCGAAAGAGCAACCACAGAAGCCCAUUCGCGAGCCAAGGGGUCCUGAUGGAAGCGGUCGAGGCGGGUUUGGCUUCAGUUCCACUCGCGAGUCACGUUACAUGACUGAUCUGGCCAACAACAUGGCUGAGUCUGUCUUGGACCGGCGCGAAGAAAACUACGACGUGAGCAAUAUGGCAAUGCCCAAGACACCUUUGCUGCAACCGUCAACUUCGAAAGUCGUCACCAGAUAUCCGUACGAGGAAGCGGAGCGUACGUUCAACAUCUUUGACGGCGACAGGAAGGGCUGCACGGUGUUCGGAGAGCAUACCUUGUACGAGACAGCGCUGCAUGCCAUGACUGACGAGCUUGAUUUCGGUGGCACUUAUGGCGAACGACACGUUUUUCUCGAUCCUCCUGGGCUAAACAAGAUCACGCCGCUGAGCGAACUCCCGAGAAGAGCAUCGAAUGUUGAUACUCUCUCCGCCCAGUAA